AUGAAUAUGUUGGAUGAUGAAGAUGACCAAAGCUUUCACGCUACGCGUGACGGCUACUCCCAUUUGAGCGAUGUCGAAUGGGAUGUGGUUGAACGAAUGGGUUCAACCAUGGGCAUCCAUGCUGUUAGCGUCAUGCUAGAGGCUCUCAAUAGAGAUGCCCAACAUACUACUAUCGCCAAGUUCAUUCAAAAUGACCUUGACGCUGAACGCGAGAAAGUAGCCUUGCUUCACCAACAAGGUUCUCAACAAGCAGAGUUGUUGAGAGAACAGAGUGCUCAACAGUUUGAACUGUUGAGACAGCAGCAGGCUGCUGCUGGUGGGUCGAUGCAUUCGCGUCGACCCGAAACCUUGAAGAUUGACAUCUCCAAGUAUAGGGGAGUCGAAGAGGACGCCCUCUUGAGAUUGUUCGUCGAAUUAGACGACGAUAAAGGUCGCGUCGCAUCGACGACGGAGAUAUGCAAGUUGCAUUUGCCCAAUAAAAUCUGGCAGGACGUGCCAAGACUUGGGCUUUGGGGCUCAAGUUGCACGACCCAUAUGCGUUUGGGUCGUUGGAAGUCUUCAAGUCGCGGCUCAGACAAACGUUUGAACCGCCUAGAGCUGAGUUCAGAGCUCGAACCGAACUCUUGA